AAGAAAGUUUUCGAGGUUGACGAAAAAAAUUGUGGAAACGCAGAAAGUUCGGAACUUUUGGCUGCUGAGCUGAUUAUGUGAAGUUCGUAUUUCAAAUUUUACAUGUGCGUUUCAAGUUUAGCAUAUUGUCUUCAUCUUGUGUAUGUAAUGUUGAAAGAGUGAUUAUGUUAAGUGUAAAUACAGUGAAACCAUUCUGCGUUGCAGAAUCGAGUUUGCGAGUACAGCAUAAGUUUUUUUCCCAUUAUUCGUCUUCUCCAAGUUUGAAAUUCUUAUUGAAUAAUUUACGGAAAAAUUUCAAUUGUACGUUCACUAAAAAAUUCUACACCAAUUUUGAAUCUCUAAAAUUCUCCACCGGAUUCAAAGAACAUUCGUCGAAGAUCCUGAAAUCAUGUACGAAACAAUGCGUAUUCGUUUUCGGCCACAGAAUGAGACGAAGUCAACAAAUGUUUUCACUUUAUAAAAAAUUAUGGAGUGAUUUCAACUUAAUAUAUUUCUUACAAAAGUUCAAUAUUAGUGCAUUGAAACGUAAUAAAUUUCUAACCGCUGCGAGUAUCGCUAGUGGAUUUUUAUGGGAGAAAGAGAGGAUACCGGAGGAUGAACUGAUAAGAUUAGAAGAUGAAAUCGGUUUCGCUAAGAACCUGUACGAAAACAAAGACAGUCCCGAAAAAAAUAAUAAAAAUUCAUCUGAGGAUCUUUGCGACUGCGAUCGUUGUAAACAUUUACAUAACGAAGAUGAUUGGGAAUUAUUUUAUAGUAAUCUGCAUAUGAAGAUAUGGAGAAAAGAACAUGAGAAAUAUAAAGGACAAGGACUCUAUGUCUAUAAAGUGUAUGGCAAAUGGAACGAUGUUACCGCUAAUGAUUUUUUCCAAGUGCAAAUUGACUGCAAGUACAGAAAAGAAUGGGAUCAAAAUUCUGUUCAACUGUAUGUUGUAGAUUCGGACCGUAAAACAACGAGUGAUGUUUUAUAUUGGGAAUUUUUAUUUCCGAAAAUGUUUUACAAUCGUGAUUAUGUUUGCAAUCGAAGAUAUAAAAUCGACGAUGAAAAAAAAUUGAUGACCAUCGUUAGCGAAAGCGUUGAACAUCCGUCUUGUCCCGAGAAACCUCCCAUUCAUCGAGUAAGAGAAUACUGGUCUCACAUCGUCAUAAAACCCAAGGAGGAUUUUGAUAAACCUGGAUUGGAGUUCACCAUUACCUAUUUCGAUAACCCUGGUCUUAAUAUACCAACGUAUAUAUCACUUUUCUACACAAUUACAGGAAUGCCUGAAUAUUUAGAAAAGCAGAAAGACGCGGCGUUAAAUUUAGCCAAACACCGAGCGGAAUACCAUCGGUUGAAAGAAAAAGAAAAAGAAAAAGAAAUGCAACAAAGUCCGCCUUCGUCUUAUCCUCAACAACAACCCGAAAAACGUUUUCUUAUACUUUAAUUGCGAUAACAUGUACGUUAAGUCAUUUGAUAGGAAAUUGAUUAGUGGUUUUUAUUACGCGAAAAGUUGUUAUUUCGAUAAAAAUCAACUUUGAUGAUUGAAAAAUGAUUUUCAACUUCGUACUCUUGGCAAUGAAAUUUUAAAAAAAUGUGCAAUUUAUUUUGGGGUGCUGCUGUGACGGUUUCGUAUUUUUUUCUUAGUGAGAAGGAAAAUACUUGAAAUUGAUGUAAUUUUUCUGCUCAUUUCUUUAAGGAAUGAUGCGUUGUUGAAUUUCGUUGAAGCAUAUAUUUAUGCAUUAUUCCUUAAUAACGACGACAAAACUACGUUUCGAAAUACCCUGUUUAUAAUUUUUCCCGUUAAUCUUGCAUUCAAAUUUUUGUUCGUGGUGCUAUAGAAAAUGAUUCGAUUUUAUAGAAACGGAUUUAUGUUGGGGUUUUCAGUUUUUAUUUGAAGAAAAUGUGUAAAUUAUUAGUUGCAUUUAAAUGACUGAGUUGUUUUUUUUUUCAACUUUUAUAAUCUUUUUGAUUUCUUCAACGUAACCUUUCGGUAGGUUCAAAUUCAUUCAUUUCAUACCUAUAGCCUAAAUUUUAGAAAUAAAAUUUGAAAUUGUAUAGCAUGAAGGUUUUGUUGCUUGUUACCUGUUGAUAAUUAAUGUAAUAAAUAGCUUUUUCCGGUA